AUGCCUCACUCUUUUCGCACAUGGCACUUGAUCACUACCAUCCCACCCUACUUAUUGUUCACCGGUCCCAUCGGUGGUAUUGGUCAGGGUGUACCCUUCGCGUUAGCUGGCAAGGUGGCAAGGCCUGACCACCCAAGUGUCCUGAUUACCGGAGAUGGUUCCUUCGGUUAUGGCAUCAUUGAGUACGAUACUGCACUCAAGCAUGACUUACCGAUUAUCACGAUAGUCUCAAGCGAUGAGGCGUGGGGCAUUGUGAGACACCGACAAAUCCAGCGCUACGGUUUGGAUCGUGCCAUUGCGACAGAUCUCCGGGCGGUUAGUUAUGAGCGGCUUGCCGAAGCACUGGAUUGUUACGGAGAGCUUGUCACGAAACCCGAUGAGAUCCGUCCAGCCCUGCAGCGCGCCGCCGACUCAGGGAGACCAGCGGUAAUUAAUGUCCCCACAAUCUUUACGAGUGCGGCAGCGUACUGCCCGCAAUAG